GUGUGUGUACCUUCUAUUGUUGGGGCCAUUCUCCUGUUAGCGUUGGACCAGAACCAUAGGGUCGGUAAGUUAUUCGGCGUUUACCUUCUGAACUCUGCACCUGCCAUUCUUCCCAUGAUAUACAAUUGGAACUCGGUAAAUACGUCGGGACACACUAAAAGAGUUUCCAGAAACGCGCUCACUCUAAUGGCAUUCUGUGUAGGGAACCUCAUCGGACCGCAAAUGUUCAAAAAUAACGAUGCUCCAAACUAUACACCGGCCAAGAUCGCUCUUAUAGCUCAGCUUGCCAUUGCCAUCGUUCUCUGUUUGUGUCUUCGUGCGAUCGUAGUUGCGGAGAACAAACGGCGCGACGAAGAGUGCACCGGACUGGAUCCUGAGGUGCUACGCCGAGAUACUACCACGCUCGACUUGACUGAUCUCGAGGAUAUAACAUUCAGAUAUGUGUAUUAG